AUGUUUUGUGCAAUCAGUGGCAAGCCACCUAGGUUCCCUGUACUAUCCCCGCGUUCCAAAUGCAUAUUUGAAAAAGAGUUAAUCGAACAAUACGUGUCAGAUGAAGGUAAGGAUCCCGUAACGAACUCGCCUUUGACGGUUGAUGAGCUGAUAGAGAUAUCGCAAAGCCCUGAGCAGAGUUCGUUUGCUGACAGUCUCAAUUCUUCUACGUUGAACACCAAUUACAGCAUACCAAAUUUACUGUCUUCACUUCAAAAUGAAUGGGACGCUAUCAUGCUGGAGAACUUUAAGCUUCGCAAACAAUUAGACGAAAGUACAAAAAAGCUUUCGGUGGCGUUCUACGAACGAGAUGCCGCCAAAAUAGUUGCAGCCAAAGCUUUGAAAGCCAGGGAUGACAUAAUGCGCGAGAUGAACCACCUGGUAUCGCAGAUAGGAGAUGCGGAAGUUCCCGAAUCGCUUGAACAUCAAGGGGCCCCAGUAUCUCUUUCUCUGGUUUCAAGCGCAUUGCUGGAACGUUUAUCUCAAGAAUCGAUGAGCUACUUGAAGAAAACGAAAAAGGUUGCAAGCGAUUUCAGCGUACCAGCUUUGGCUCCCUUCAAGCUCGAAGGCAAAUGGGACGUGGACAAAUCACUAAAGUUGCAUAGGACAACGUCGCUAUGCCUUGAGUUUCAACAGAGCGUGGUAUUCCAGCUUCAAGAUGUGUCCCAAGUAUGCUACAUGAAGGGUCCCCUUUCUCACCGUGUCGUCGGGGCACCUUUUAGUGAUAAAGUGAAAUACCUGGCAGCUGCGUCCCAUGACCGACUUCUGAUAUGCACCGCUGACGGUAGGAUGGGUGUCAGUAGCAUUUCGGGCGACCAGAUGGAAGUCGCCAAUACGAAAAUUGGUAAUAUUAUUUUUAUGGAAAACCAUGAAGAGAUCCUAAACGAUCAUUUCCUCUGGGCAGAUGACUCAGGUGCCGUCGGAUUCACUACAAUGGACUGUAAAGAAACCAUCUUGCUCAUCGCAGGGCAGCAGGAAAAGCAGUUCUUCCAGGCUGCAUACCAUAAAGAUGGUUUACUUCUCGCCCUGGUAAAUACGCGCGAAAUCAAGAUAUUUGAUCUGACUAAACCGGAAGAGCACUCAACAGACUUCCAGAUAGGCAAGGAAAUUAAAGCAGACGGCGAGAUAAAAGAAGUAAGGUUCAGCAGUAAUGGUUACUGGAUGAUCGUUCACUGUGGUAAUACCUUGAUGGCAUUUGAUCUCAGAAAAUCACCCGGUACAUUAGCCUUGAACCCAUUCGAACUGGGUUCUGGCUCGACGAAGGUUCUAUGGGAUCUCGACGUAUCUGCCAGACACCUGGCACUCCUAAAAGAAGGAAACGAUAGCCAUCAACACGCGCUGGAAUUUUUCUCCUACCAAAAAUCCAAGAAAUCAUGGGAGCCUGCCGACCUGGAGGUCUUCCAUCUAGAGUCUCCGAACCUCCCUCACGAAGAACUCAACAACUUCUUAAUGCUAUAUACGAAGGAAGGCCCUGCAGCCAUCCUACAGGCUCGGGAGCAGGUGCUCUUCUAUGUUACCAAGUAA